UAAAGGUCAAAAAAAAGUCAAUCGAUUCGUGCAAUAAGAAAAAAUCCAAAAUUCGUUUGUCCCGCAGUUUACUCCGAGAAAUCAAAGCGACAAUGGCCGGAAAAUACAAGAUUGUCAUGGUUCGUCACGGCGAAUCCGAAUGGAAUCAAAAGAAUUUGUUCUGUGGCUGGUACGAUGCCAACUUGAGUGACAAAGGCAAGGAAGAAGCCAAAGCAGCUGGCAAAGCUGUCAAAGAUGCUGGUUUGAAAUUCGACGUCGCUCACACCUCAGUGUUGACUCGUGCCCAGGUAACGCUCGGCGCAAUUUUGGAGGAAUCUGGUCAAGCUGGAAUCCCGAUUCAGAAGACGUGGCGCUUGAACGAACGUCACUACGGCGGUUUGACGGGCAUGAACAAGUCCGAAACUGCCGCCAAAUAUGGCGAAGACCAAGUUUUGAUCUGGCGUCGUAGUUUCGACAUCCCGCCCCCACCGAUGGAGAAGGAUCACGCCUACUACGACAACAUCGUGAACGAUCCCCGUUACAAGGACGGGCCCAAACCGGAGGAAUUCCCGAUGUUCGAGUCGCUUAAAUUGACGAUCGAACGCACACUGCCCUACUGGAACGACGUCAUUGUGCCCGACAUGAAGGCCGGCAAGAAAAUUAUCAUUGCGGCGCACGGAAACAGCUUGCGCGGCAUCGUCAAGCAUUUGGAUAAUCUCACGGACGAGCAAAUUAUGGCAUUGAAUUUGCCCACGGGCAUUCCAUUUGUCUACGAGUUGGACGAGAACUUCAAGCCCGUUGUUUCGAUGCAAUUUUUGGGCGACGAGGAAACCGUUCGCAAGGCCAUUGAAAGUGUUGCUGCCCAGGGCAAAGCCAAGUAAGCACCAAAAACGUUAAAAAUUUAGAUGUUCAGAGACGAUAGAGUUCUAAUUCCCGUUAUCGCUAAGCCGUUAAUCGUGUAAGAGUAAUAAAAAAAUAAUUUAUUUGGUCAAA